AACCGUCGUUUUCCUACGCACCCUCUGACAUCAGCCACAUUCUCUGUAGCUGCAGUUUCUCUGCACUCAGAUUAAUCUCGGGCGAUGAAAAAUGAACCUCUCCCCCACCCUUGCUGCCGCUUUUCGCCUCACGCCUCCAGAGAAGAGUUGCUCCACCAGGCAGCCGGUGAAGGUUUUUUUCCAGGUCACAUGAUCCAGGAUGCAGGGGGACAAUCCUUCUUGGAACAGAGAUGGGCCCAGAACUGAAUCAGAUGAAGACAGAUAAGGUGUGAUGUGGGGAAGACUAUAUAAAGGAUGGAGCCGGGGCUGCGGAGAGCACUCAUCCGAGUGGCCCCUUCUCGCGACACAGCCAUGCAAGUGCCGGCCGACUCGGUGGCCAGCCAUGUGGGGACCACCAGCCGCAGCCACUUCUAUUUCACCACGGCCACGCUGGCGCUGUGCCUCGUCGUCACGGUGGCAACCAUCAUGGUGUUGGUAGUUCAGAGGACGGACCCCAUUCCCAACCCACCAGACAACUUCCCUCUUAAAGGAGGAAAUUGCUCGGAGGACCUCUUGUGUAUCCUGAAAAAGGCUCCAUUCAAGAAGUCAUGGGCCUACCUCCAAGUGUCAAAGCAUCUAAGCCAAUCCAAGUUGUCUUGGAACAAAGACGGCAUUGUCCACGGAGUCAGAUAUCGAGAUGGGAAUCUGGUGAUCCAGUUCCCAGGUUGGUAUGUCAUCGUUUGCCAACUGCAGUUUCUCAUGCAAUGCCCAAAUCAUUCUGUCGACCUGAAGUUGGAGCUUCUCAUCAACGAAGAGGUCAAAAAACAGGCCCUGGUGACAGUGUGUGAGUCUGAAGUGCAAACAAAAAACAUAUACCAGAAUCUCUCCCAGUUCUUGCUGGAUUACCUGCAGGCCAACACCACCGUAUCAGUCAAUGUGGAUAAAUUCCAGUAUGUGGACACAGACACCUUUCCUCUUGACAAUGUGUUAUCCAUCUUCUUAUACAGUAGUUCAGACUGAACUGUUUCUCCUGGCCUUCAGGAAGAAAGCAACUUUCUCAGAAAAUUUUAGACCAAGACUGAAACCACGACAGAUAUUAAAUAGUAUACUUCUCCUUCUGUCUCUUGGGAAGA